CAAACAUUUAAUUGAUUCUGGUUUUUAUUUUACUUUUGAAAAGUGAUUUCUAUGGAAAACUCACUACUCAUCAUAGGCCUCUUGGCCAUCGUUGUUUUGAUCUCAUCAUCACAUGCUGCUAGAGACUUGGUUAAGCCUUCCUCAAUCUCUAGAACAAUUGAUGAGGAUGUUAAAAAGCAAAAUGACAUGGCUGAAGCACUUUCACCUGGAGUUCCUGAAGUACCCUCACCAAAUAUUCCUGGAUUUCCCUUCCCCUUCCCCUUCCCUUUCCCCUUACCUAAAAUUCCAGGAUUUCCCUUCCCCUUUCCCUUUCCGUUACCUAAAAUUCCCGGAUUUCCCUUCCCAUUUCCCUUUCCGUUACCUAAAAUUCCCGGAUUUCCCUUCCCUUUCCCCUUCCCCUUCCCUAAAAUUCCUGGAUUUCCUUGCCCUCCAACUGGAGCUCCUGAAGCUCCUGGACUUCCCUUUCCCUUUCCUUUCCCCUUACCUAAAAUCCCAGGAUUUCCCUUUCCCUUUCCUAAAAUUCCCGGAUUUCCUUUUCCCAUCCCUGGAGUGCCUGGAGUAGACGGUGGCGUCCCUCGAGUAGAUGGAGCUGGUGUGGCUAGCAUCGGUGGCACUACUGGACCUAAUGCAAAUGACCACCUUCAAAUCCACAACUAGAGUUAUUUUCUAGAAAUAAAUGUUAAUCAUGUCAUAUGUUAUGCUCAUUUGAAAAAAUGGAGGUAUUUCCACCUUAUAAGAUUGUAUUACAAAAUAAAUUUGAUUUCAUCUUUAAGAAUUUUAUUCCUAAU